CCUAAUUAAUCCCGACUCCUUUCCUGUUUGCCUCUCUGCCUCUGCGACGAGCCGACGGUCGACGACCUCUGCCUUCCCGGCAAGCCGACGGGCGACGACCUAUGCAUUUGCGACUAGCCGACAUUUUCUCUGCAUUCCCUUAGAGCCACCGGCCAACUCUUCAAAGUCCGACGCCUUCAGCGACCACCGAUUAACGCUGGCCAACUCUUCAAAACCCGAUCAACGGGUAUCAUCCGAUUGAGGGCACAUCAAAUGAAACAUAUUGUGAAAAUAUUUACAAUUUUGGUCGCUGUAUCUGCCCUAUGGAUGUGGUUGCUUAAGACGGCUGUUUUACCAGAAAGUUAUACUUGGUUGCUGCCAAUUUAUUUCAUCGUGUCGCUAGGGUGUUAUGGAUUAGUAAUGGUUGGAGUAGGCCUGAUGCAGUUCCCUACUUGUCCCCAAGAGGCAGUUCUUUUACAGCAGGACAUUCUUGAAGCCCAGACCUUCCUGAAGACAAGAGGAGUUGAUGUUGGUUGAUCCAUGGCAACUGCCCAACACUUCCUUUUCUUCUUAUAUGAGAGAGUUUGCUUUAUCUUGUGAAGCUUUCCCCUAUCCUGCACAAUGUUUUUAGUUGAUUAAAAUGAUGAUUUAUAUAGCUGGUAAUGGGGCAUGAUACCAAUAUAUAUAUAUAUAUAUAUAUAUAUAUAUAUAUAUAUAUAUAUAUAUAUAUAUAUUAAUGAUAAUGAUGAUUUGCAGUCACAUGGAGGGCAGGUUGCAGUAAAAUUCAUGAAUGACUUUCUUGACAAAUAAAUUCAGGUAGAGUGAUUAAUUUCAUUAAACCCUUGCUCAAGAGAGAGUUGGCACUAUGGUGGUCUUUUUCUUGGAGGCUUUCACAAGGAAUGACUCACUUGGUUACAGCACAAUUACACACCAUCACAAGCAUUGCAAUUUACAAGUAUACCAAUAGCUAAUUCGCAUAUCAUUAUAUUACUCCCUCUGACUCCCUGUAUUUGUCCACAUUUGACUUUUGGAACUGUUCAUCUAAGCACUUUGACUCAUCAAAUUCUCUCAAUGUGUAAGCCUAAAUAUAGUCAUGUGUGAUCU